AUGUUGCGCAAGGUCCGCGGACGGUUCGGCGAAAAGCUGAACCCAGACGAUGCUUUUUUGAGCUUAACUAUAGAGGACAUGCAAACCCUCAAAAACGACUGGCUCACAGACAAUAUCAUUUCAUUUUGGGAGGAGUACCUCGAACACGAAUUCCUCACCCGAUACAAGUCCUCCAACAUCAUCCUCCUCCGCCCUAGCAUGUCGUUCAUGAUCCUACAAACCCCCGACCCACGCACUCUGCGCGAAGCACUCCCAGACUUCAGCCGCGCCAGCCACGUCUUCCUCCCAAUCAACGACUGCCGCAACGUCAGCCAAGCAGAAGGCGGCACACACUGGUCACUUCUCCUGAUCUCGGUCGUCGACCGCAUCGCCUUCCACUAUGACUCUCUAUACCAAGGCAAUGUCUGGGAGGCGGACACAGUCACCCGCAAAUUCGGAUACCUCUUAAACAUGCCAAUCAGGUUUCUGCAUUUGAACGACUCGCCCCAACAAGAAGGCGGCAGUGACUGCGGUGUGUUUGUGUGCGUGAACAUGCGCCACCUCCUCAUGAAGCGGCUAUUGAUGGCCAGUGCGCAUGAGAAGGUGAGUAUGAGUCUCGGAGGCCGUAAAAUCGACGCGAAUGCCUCGCGCAAAGAGAUGGCUAAGAUUAUCGAAGGGUUUAGGAAAGAGGGCGAGCGCCGACGAUCAACGAGCGCCAGUCCAAUGGGCAAGAAGUCGAGGAGUCCUCCGCGCGUUGAUUGA